UCGCCCGCAAUAGAACGCGCUUCCUCUUCUCUUCCCCAUCACGUUGAAGACUUGGUUCGGCUCGUCUGGCUUGUCAAUUCCCCCCCCAAGGUCGUCCGUGGUGCCUUCCGCCAAAAUCUCCCCUCCUCUGUGAUUAGUCUGAACGUCGUCCUUAUUUACUACCCACGACAUCAUACCUCACAAACAACACCGUCGAUUUAAUCCUACAUCCUAAUAAUUAGCAUUCCACCUAUUGCCGUCGAUACUCGCUCGCCUACCCUGGAGUAAUUUUAAUAUUUCACUGGACUCGGUCCUCUAUUUUCUCUUUCCAAUCCAGUCCUGACACUGAGCAUUUAACCCUCAGUUGUCAAUUCCAGAAAACUCGCCGUCAUGGCCGAGUCCAAUAAUGCCGCCGCGCCGGCGCUCCACACCAACAUAGAGUCGGGCAAAUUCGACGAGAAGGAGGCUCACCGUGUCGAGGAUCCCGCUCCUCUUAAGACCACCAAGGCCGAGGAAGAGGAUGAAGACGAGGACAUUGACGCCUUGAUCGAGGACCUCGAGUCGCAAGAUGGAAACGCCUUGGACGAUGAGGAAGAGGGUGAUGGAUCUCCCGGUGACACCGGUCGCGUUGUUCCGGAGGAGAUGCUCCAGACUGACACUCGUGUCGGUCUCACAGAGGCGGAGGUCACCAACCGUCGCCGAAAAUACGGUCUCAACCAGAUGAAGGAGGAGAAGGAAAACCUCAUCCUCAAGUUCUUCGGUUUCUUUAUUGGUCCUAUCCAAUUCGUUAUGGAGGCUGCCGCCGUUCUCGCUGCCGGUUUGGAAGACUGGGUCGAUUUCGGUGUCAUUUGCGCUCUGCUACUUCUCAAUGCCUGUGUCGGUUUCAUCCAGGAAUUCCAGGCCGGUUCUAUUGUCGACGAAUUGAAGAAGACUCUUGCUCUUAAGGCUGUUGUCCUCCGUGACGGUACCCUCAAGGAGGUUGAGGCUCCCCAGGUUGUCCCCGGUGAUAUCCUUCAGGUCGAAGAGGGUACUAUCAUUCCUGCCGAUGGCCGCAUCGUCACCGAGGAUGCUUUCCUCCAAGUCGACCAGUCUGCCAUUACCGGUGAAUCUCUUGCCGUCGAUAAGCACAAGGGCGACCAAUGUUUCGCUUCUUCCGCUGUCAAGCGUGGUGAGGCCUUCGUUGUCGUUACUGCUACUGGUGACAACACUUUCGUCGGUCGUGCUGCUGCUCUUGUCAACCAGGCUUCCGCCGGCAGUGGUCACUUCACUGAGGUUCUCAACGGUAUUGGUACUAUCCUGCUCAUUCUCGUCGUCUUCACUCUUUUGAUUGUCUGGAUCUCCUCAUUCUACCGAUCCAACAAGAUUGUCGACAUCCUUCGUUUCACUCUGGCCAUCACCAUCGUUGGUGUGCCUGUCGGUCUUCCUGCUGUCGUCACCACUACCAUGGCCGUCGGUGCUGCUUACCUUGCCAAGAAGAAGGCUAUUGUUCAGAAGCUUUCUGCCAUUGAGUCCCUUGCUGGUGUCGAAAUUCUCUGCUCCGACAAGACUGGUACUUUAACCAAGAACAAGCUCUCUCUUUCUGAGCCUUUCACCGUCGCCGGUGUCGACCCUGAGGACCUUAUGCUUACUGCCUGCCUUGCUGCCAGCCGCAAGAAGAAGGGUAUUGAUGCCAUUGACAAGGCUUUCCUUAAGUCCCUAAAGUAUUACCCCCGCGCCAAGGGUGUUCUAUCCAAGUACAUUGUCAAGGAAUUCUUCCCCUUCGACCCUGUCUCCAAGAAGGUUACCGCUGUUGUUGAGUCUCCCCAGGGUGAGCGCAUUACCUGUGUCAAGGGUGCCCCUCUUUUCGUUCUCAAGACCGUCGAGGAGGACCACCCCAUCCCCGAGGAGAUUGACCAGGCCUACAAGAACAAGGUUGCUGAAUUCGCUACCCGUGGUUUCCGAUCUCUCGGUGUUGCCCGCAAGCGUGGUGAGGGUGCUUGGGAGAUUCUCGGUAUUAUGCCCUGCUCUGACCCCCCUCGUCACGACACUGCCCGUACUAUCAACGAAGCCAAGCGUCUCGGUCUCUCCAUCAAGAUGCUUACUGGUGACGCCGUCGGUAUCGCUCGUGAAACUUCUCGUCAACUCGGUCUCGGUACCAACGUUUAUAACGCUGAACGUCUUGGUCUCGGUGGUGGUGGUGACAUGCCCGGUUCUGAGGUCUAUGACUUCGUCGAGGCUGCUGACGGUUUCGCUGAGGUUUUCCCCCAACACAAGUACAACGUCGUGGAGAUUCUGCAACAGCGUGGCUACCUUGUUGCCAUGACUGGUGACGGUGUGAACGAUGCUCCCUCUCUAAAGAAGGCCGAUACUGGUAUUGCUGUCGAAGGUGCCUCUGACGCUGCCCGAUCUGCUGCCGAUAUCGUCUUCUUGGCUCCCGGUCUAGGUGCUAUCAUUGAUGCCCUUAAGACUUCCCGACAGAUCUUCCACCGUAUGUACGCUUACGUCGUUUACCGUAUUGCCUUGUCCCUCCACUUGGAGAUCUACCUUGGUCUGUGGAUUGCUAUCUUGAACCGAUCGCUCAACAUCGAGUUGGUCGUCUUCAUUGCCAUCUUCGCUGACGUUGCCACUCUUGCGAUCGCCUACGACAAUGCCCCCUACUCCAUGAGCCCCGUCAAGUGGAACCUGCCCAAGCUCUGGGGUAUGUCUGUCCUCCUCGGUGUCGUUCUCGCCGUCGGUACCUGGAUUACUGUUACCACUAUGUACGCCCAGAGUGAAAACGGUGGUAUCGUCCAGAACUACGGUAACAUGGACGAGGUUCUCUUCCUUGAGAUCUCUCUUACUGAGAACUGGCUUAUCUUCAUCACCCGUGCCAACGGUCCUUUCUGGUCGUCCAUCCCCUCGUGGCAAUUGACUGGAGCUAUUCUGCUCGUCGAUAUCCUCGCCACCUGCUUCACCAUCUGGGGUUUCUUCGAGGAUGGUGCCCGCACUCACAUUGUGUCUGUCGUCCGUAUUUGGAUCUUCUCCUUUGGUGUCUUCUGCAUCAUGGGAGGUGUCUACUACAUCCUCCAGGACAGCGUUGGAUUUGACAACCUCAUGCACGGCAAGUCCCCCAAGGGCAGCCAGAAGCAGAGGUCGCUCGAAGACUUUGUCGUCUCACUCCAACGUGUCUCCACCCAGCACGAAAAGUCGCAAUAGGCCAUCCCCGGAUGAGCUAAGAAUGGUCGCCGUUUAGGUGACUAUGGUCGUCGGGAGGACUCUUAAUCAGUGGUACAUACUCGCCCUUCGGUCUAUAGAUACGUUCCGUUCAGGCUUGGUCGUGCACUUCAUUUCCUUCUUGUAAACUGCCCCGGCGUAUAGGCCUCGGUUACAUCAUACCCAUGUUUCUUAGACUUAAUAAGAAUGAAAAAAGUAUAAAGUAAA